ACCACAGUGCAUUUCGAGUCCAGUUCUCUCUUUUUUUUUGGUCGCCAUCAUGGGUGAGUUGUUCUUUACACGUGGACAAUAUUUUGUCAAAUUUUGAUGUUAAACUGGGGUUAUACCGUAGUUUGUUGUACGGAAUAUGUUACCCCGAAACUGAAUAAGGUUUUUAUUGUUUUAAAUUAUUAAAGGAAAGCCCCGUGGACUUCGAACAGCUCGUAAACUUCGCAACCACCGUCGUGAACAAAGGUGGCAUGAUAAAUCGUAUAAAAAGAGUCAUUUGGGGACUGCUUUGAAAGCUAAUCCUUUUGGUGGCGCUUCUCAUGCUAAAGGGAUUGUUUUAGAAAAAGUGUAAGUAACUUUGGCUGGUUAAACUUAAUAUUUAUUGCAGGAUGAACGAAAAUUGUAGCAUGUCAGAGACUUAUUAUUUUAUAUAUUAAGUGUAUUGGUGUAAUUUAUUUGGUGAGUAAACACGUUCCAAUGUAGCAACAACGGAAGUAUCUACCUGAAAAAUGUAGAAACUACUUGAUAUUUUACUUCCUUGCAUUCCAGAUGAGUGUUUAUAAGGCCCCGUUUACAUGAGACCGGGACGAAGUCAAACCGGAAUGAAAAUUGAAAUUGUCAACAUGUUUACAUGAGACCGGUACGAGGAUCACAAAAUCUUCAAUUUAUUCCCCUUGCCAGGCAAUUUUCUUUUUCAGGUGGCUUUUGCUAGCAUGUGUUGUUCCUAGCAUGUGUUGUUCCAAUGUCAAGAUUACAGCCGAGACCGGUCUGAAAUGUAUUUGUGUUUACAUUCAUCCCGGUCUGAAUUCAUGCCGGUCUGAAGUCAGUCGGUUUGGUCCAGAAGGCGGAAUGACUUGAGACCGGUCUGAGUUAUUUUCGUCCCGGUCUCAUGUAAACAUCUAUUAUAGAUAAUACUAUGACCGAAACGAGAUGGUCCCGGUUUGACUUCGUUCCGGUCUCAUGUAAACGGGGCCUAAUAUGCUUCAGCAAAUGUGGAAACAGGGUUUUAACGUUACAAAGAUCGAAGUGACUAUAUGUCCAGCAGCCGGACAAUGUUUUGAAAAAACUAAAUGUUCGGCAGUAUAGUGACUAUAGUUAAAUAUAAAAACUUUUGUUUUCGCUAGCUUUACCAAGCUUGCCAUUAGCUUAUUUGGCAAAGGUGCUGCAUGCAGAAAGUGAAACACAGUCGGGAUGUGUUUUAUCUGAAUUAGCAUUGUUUUUUUCUUAAAAUUUUUUAAACUUUUUUCCCUGGCUUUCCUAACUCUCAAAAGGUUAGGGAUAGAGAAGGGUUGGGAUCGGUUUAUCUUAUAAAAAUUCAAUUUUAACUAUACUGCCGGACAUUUAGUUUUUUCAAAACAUUGGACAUAUAGUCACUUCGUACAAAAAUAGCCGGGCUAAAAUAGCCAGGAUUUAACUUUCAGAGUGUGGGACAUAAUAGCAGCAGUUUAACUCUCCUACACCCUGGCAUUAUUAUAGUCAAAACAAAAAUAUUGUGCACUUUUUUUUUGUUUAGCAUAUAGUUGCUCUAAAAUUGAAAAAAAAUUUAAAAUGUCUGAUAUGUCGGAAUUACCAAUAAUUGAUUGACUGCAACUAAUCGUGACUGGGCAACAAUCGGAAAUUACCAAUUAUUCAUGCCACAAUCUACCCGAUGCCAAUACCGAUUUUAUAAUGCGUCGUUCCAGAAAAGAUCCACACUCCCCCUACAGAGGAAAUUUCUGCCAUCCGGAGGGGAAGGGGAGAAAAAAUUGUUUGUGAUAAUAGUAAAUGUAUUAGGACAUCCGAAGGGGGUAGAGGGUUCACUUCCAAUUUCCUCUGUGGGGGUGGUAUGGAUAUUUUCUGGAAUGACCCAAUGACGUCAUAAUAUCAGUCGACUGAGUAAAGGUGACAUGUUCAUUCAUGUCGAUUUUUUAAUAAUAAUUUCCAACGUAACAUGUUACUGCAACCAAAAAUUGUUAAUAAAUGGCACGCUUUACCCAUUAAUUUAACAUGUUGAGUUAAAAUGCAACAUGUAUUAGCCACUGAUAUAAUAUUAGAUCAAUGUACACAGCCAAUUUCGCACAAGUUGGAACGGAUCUGCAACAGAUCUGUUAAAACCUGUUGUCAACAAGCUGAUAUCUGGAUGCGUUCACUCGCCUUGUACCUGUCUGUUCUGACAGGUCCGCAAUGGCCUGUCAACAGGUCUGUUACAAGCUGUUGUGACAGAGCUGCAGCAAUGCUGUUUUCAACAGGCCUGUCGCAAGUUGUUGUGACAGAGCUGCAGCAAAGCUGUUUUCAACAGGCUUGUCGCAAGUUGUUGACACAGAGCUGCAGUAAUGCUGUUUUCAACAACUUGCGACAGACCUGUUGCAAACCGAGGAAAAGUGCCUUAUGAAGCUUGUGUAUCCACUAUUUUAAACAAAAACGGCCAAAGUUGCUAUAUUUCGGUUGUAGUGUUUCGUGAAAUAGUCAGACUUUCAUAUAUAAAACACUUUAUACGAACAAACUUGCGAGAUAAUUUUUGAGCAAAACAGCCGAAAAAGUACGACAAAUUAAAGAAAGAUUCUUAUCGUAUAAAACAAUUUUCAAAAUUAAUCGGUCUUUAAGUACGACCAAAAAAUUUGACAACCUUGAACCUACUUGCAUAUUUUUCUUCAAAAUAGUACAUACAAUAACACAAAGCUUCAAUAAGGCAUCUUCCUCGCUUGCAGAUUUUACUUGAAAUUGGAAAGAAAUUAUAUAUAACGAAUUUCAUAUUCAUAUCAACAAUGAAGAACAUUGCAGUGAACACUCGGUUGUUCGUGUAUUUUUCAUUUCUUAAGCUCUAGAUCUUGUGUUCUCAUUGCCACAGUUUCUUCAAAAAUCAAAACAGCUUUGAACUUGUUUGGUUUUGUUUGAGGCAGUUGUUGAAAUUUUGUUUGGCUCAAAAUUCAAAAACAACUAAACAUGAUUAUGUGAUUGAUAUGUUUCGUCCAAUUGCAACGAGGAAUGAUGACGUGUGAACACGCCUUUAUCCAAUCAGAUUAAAGAAAUAUAGCAAUAGCAGACGUCAGUAAAUUGGAUUUUGGAAAUCGCCAAUUGGAACUAUUUUUUAAAAAUAAAACAGCGGCUUUUGCAUUUAAUCACAGAGUAGAUGCUUAGGUUAUGUGCACACGGGCGUCGUUUUCCAGCGUUUUAAAAACCUUUUUUUAGUGUGUUUCAUUUUAUAUGACUGCCAUAAGUAGUGUUUACUUGCAUACAUUUGAUUAGUCCUAACAAAAAAGAUCGUGUUGUAAGGGUUUUCUGUCAUUUCUGACCAACCCAUUUUUUCCCCAGCAACUCUGUUUGACCCAAGUUUUUUGUAGCUCGCAUUGUGAUCUCAUCACACUCAUGACCGUUAUUGACCAAUGUGAAGCAAAAAACAAUCUUUCUGACCUACCUACCCUAUUUUUUCAGGAUAUGAAACCGGUAUUAAACCGCAACAUAUUUUUUGUUAGGCUUUGUUAUAUAGCAUGACAUAAAUUAGUGCAAUUUACUUUUACCCACAGUUCUGGACUUCAAGAUAUUUAUGAUUGAGGAUAGAGUCACGCGUUAAAAGAUCAAUUUUUAGGGUGUGCUAUUUCCUCAAAAAUUAAAUUUUGGUUUUCAAAUUCGCUGGAACUAACUUUUGUGUUUUUUCCAGUCACCAGAAUAACCAACAUCUCAUUAGCAUUAAUAGUACUUGCACUGCAAUACUGGUCUUUCAAAACAUAAUCUUUCGAGACAUGGUCUAGAAACUCAGUAAACUUCAAAGCGGUUAUAAUGAGCUGUGAGUUUAUGUUGAGCUGUACCUUGCACCGUGCACAUCCUUUGUUUUAGGUUCAUUAAUAUUUAAAUAGCAUGCUUGAAUGACUGAACUGAAACGUUGCUAUUGGAUGAUUCGUUCAUUAUAUUGAAAUACAAUGUGUUCAUUGACCGUGCAUAAACGCGAACAAAAAGAUAGAACAAAGACUUUAGCGGAGUUUCCAAACCAUGUUUUGAAAGACUAUGUUCAAAACCAUCAAGUGUAUGUAAUCAACAUUUUCCGAAUCCAAAAAAGGGGCUGGAAAAAGUAACAUGUGUCAUUGUGUGGGAAAAGAAGUAAAGUCUGGAAGAAAAUUCUCAAAAUGAACUAAACUGUCCAAAAAUAACCCUACUGUAGCUAUAGUGUAGCCACAAAUUUUGUAGAAUAUUAAUUAAUGGCUUCUAUUGAAACCGAACAUGUUCUCUUUUUAGGGGUGUUGAAGCUAAACAGCCAAACUCCGCUAUCCGUAAGUGUGUGAGGGUGCAGCUAAUUAAAAACGGCAAGAAAAUCACCGCAUUCGUUCCUAAUGAUGGUUGUUUAAACUACAUUGAAGAAAAUGACGAAGUUUUAGUCUCUGGGUUCGGUCGUAGUGGUCAUGCUGUUGGUGAUAUCCCUGGUGUACGUUUUAAAGUCGUGAAAGUUGCCAAUGUUUCCUUACUUGCUUUGUUCAAGGAGAAGAAAGAACGUCCACGAUCAUAGAAUUAAUAAAAUUUUUGGUCAAUAAAGUAUGCUUUAACUGGUCUUACGUUUUGUUUAUUUGGUUCGUUUUUUUGUACAGACAUUUCUUACGUUUUUGUACUGAUA